GAACAUUUGCCAUGAGAAUGGACGGCGCAACAUUACCAAUGCUCAUCCUACCAUGGCAACAAAAGGAGAGAGGCAUGCGGAUGCACAUUUCAGCUAUGAAGCACAGCCACCAUAUCAGGGCAUAAGCAACCAACAAAUGGACUUCAUAAUGCAAACUAUCUCAAAGCAUCGCCAAGAACUCGAGAAAAAAAUAGGCAGACAACUAUUUGACAUGGAGCACAAAAUUGACUCCAGAAUUCUCGAAUUGACUGAUGAGGUAGGCAAAAUUAGGACUGAAAACGCUGCUCAGACUAGGUUGUCUAGGGUGGAGGACGAACUUCUUCAGGUCAAAAGGGAAUUCCAGGUAUCUAUACUGGAACAUCAAUUUUACAAGCAUCUUCCUAUAUAUAGAUAUAUUAUGUAUUUUGUGGUACAGAGAUUCAGAUGCAUGGUUGAUGCCAGCACGCAAUCAACGUUUACGGCUGCAUAUGUCCAGAAAGAAGGCAAUGUUAGAGACGACAGGUUAUCACCAAAUCCUCCGUUCGAUGCAUCUACAAGAUCAACAGGUCAGGCUGCUGCAACAACACCCGCCGGUGAUCACGUGGUGCAAAACAAGCCAUUGGAGAAAGAUGUCACCGACCAAACCACACCAUCUCCAAACCCUGUAUUCGACAAUGAUUACAAGUUGACGGACGAAGACAUAGAGGUGGCAGCUUUCCUCCGCCAAAGUUACGAAGAUGCUGAUGUAGUUGACGUCGGAGAGACGGUGCUUAAAGUUCAUCACCUAAAGCAAAAUGUCAUAAAAAAAUUCAUUUUCGAUGAGGUUAUUCAUGCAUAUGCCCACAUUAGCAAUAUAGAGACUGAUACUACAUCAGUUCUAUACCCCAAAGAUACCAGGAAGCUGUUACAAUCAUACGGGGGUACUGCUCGGGCACAUGGUCCCAGGGAAAGCAAUUGGCUUGCUCGUAUAGCAAAAAAAUGUGUGGGACGCCGAACGGUUCGAAUCCCGUUCAAUGUAAACAAUAUGCACUGGCAUCUACUUGUGUUGAAUUUCGACAAAGAAGAGAUUCAAGUCCUCAACUCUCUGCCGCUUAUUCGUGACGAGGCCAAAGAAACUACACUGGUGGAGUGCAUUCAGACAUGCAUCAUAGAAGCAGUCCAGGGCGGCUUGGUACAAACACCAGGUCCCAUCAACAUUACAGAGUGGAAAAAAGUAUGCUAUACAAACAUCCCACAACAGGAGGAUGGCUAUUCUUGCGGGUCAUACACUCUGAAAUACAUGUUGUAUUGGGACGGGGAAAAGAUGACCGAUGAUUUCACACAGGCACAAAUUCAUAUUUUCAACUGGAAAAUAUGUACAAGCCUUCUACGUUCAGAUUGUAACACGCUUCGACUAGAAUCCUAUGAGAAACCUAUACUGAAAAAGGCCUACAAAGCUAGAAUGGCAAAGCUUGACAAAGACAAUGCUGCAGACGACGACAUCCAGGUAAUCAGCAAUCCAAAUGAUGCCAGCAAAAAUGAAGAAAGCCCUCCAAAUGAUGCCAACAUAAAGGAAAUCAUCCCUCCAAGGCCAAUUGGCAGCCAAAAGCGGAAACGCGGGCGUCCAAGGAAGAUUGAAACUCUUACACCUACUAAUCCUGUAAAGGAUCAAUAUAAAUUAGCCACAGAUGCUAUCACUGGGCUUGUGGAGGGAAGAGCACGCAGGAAAUCAAAUCCUGGGCCCCAACAGGUGAGCCCAUACAAGGAACUAUGAAACUCACAGGGAGUGGCUGUCAAGGGUAGUUUCAGAUGAGCUGCUCUUAUAGCAUGUGACAAUUUAGACACAAUUAUGUUCUUCAAUCUAUGGCUAUACUUAAGUUCUGCCAUUUUGUCAUAUUGCUGGUAAACUUUGUAAUUUUAAGUUCGAACCGAUCUGGAGAGUUGUUACAUUUUAAUGUAAGCCAUUUGUUUGGCUUGACUAUUCUACAUGACUACUCAAUGCU